AUGAUGAGAAGAAACAUUUUAUUGGUAGUUGUUGCAUGUUUAAUUGCUUCCUUGAUGAUCUCAUUCAUGUUCGGAUCAACUGAAGCUCUCUAUCAAAGACACUAUCAUGGUUAUUCAUUGACUUCAGUUAGUUCCUUACAAGAUACUGCAGUGUUGGAGAGUAAAACUUCCAAUGGCAUUCGUAUUUGUUCUUUCAAUAUUCAAGUAUUGGGAACUAAAAAGAUGCAAAAGCAAAAUGUUGCCUCUGCUCUCACCAAAAUUCUAUCUCAAUACGACUUGAUUCUCGUUCAAGAAGUGAGAGAUUCCUCUGAUCAAGCAUUCCACAUUUUGGCUAGAUUGUUGGGUGAAGGUGAUAAACGACGUAACAAUUGGUUUGAACGUGCUCCUUUCACUUUUGUUUAUCAAUUGGUCACAUCAGAUGCCAAGUUGAAGAAUGUCCAAUUUGCAAUUAUGGGCUGUCACAUCAAACCAUCUGAUGCUGUUAACGAACUCAAUCACAUGCAAGAAGUUUAUGAACAACUCAAGAAUGAAAAGUUCUAUGAAAACACAAUCAUGAUGGGAGACUUUAAUGCUGGAUGUGGAUAUGUUUCUGGUAAACAACUUGCUGCUCUCAAAUUUAGAAAUGGAAAGUAUACUUGGUUGAUUACUGAUGAUAUGGAUACCACUGUUGCUUCUUCUUCUUGUCCAUACGAUAGAUUUAUUGUUUCAAAGGGUAUGGCUGAUAAGAAGAUUGCCGAUGGUGCUGCAUUUGAAAUCAACUCUGUUAGUGUUUAUAGAUUCGAUACUGCUCUUUCUCUCACUGGAGCUCAAGCUGCUGAAGUUAGUGAUCACUAUCCAAUUGAAUUGAAGCUUCAAACUCGUGCCAAGUUGGGCUCAACCUCUGCCAGAACUUUGGCUGAUUUGGUUGCUGCUGAUUUUGAAAAUAAUUUCAAAUAA